AUGGCAUUGGAUGGUGUCACCCACCGGACGUUGGAGGUGAACGGCAUCAAGAUCCACGUUGCCGAGGCCGGCGACGGUUCAGCAGGCUCCAUCCUAUUCCUCCACGGCUUCUUGCAGCUGUGGUGCUCAUGGCACCACCAACUUGUGUCCCUCUCCCGGCUCGGCUACCGCUGCUUGGCCCCGGACCUCCGCGGCUAUGGUGACUCAUCUGCCCCGGAGUCCCCUUCGUCCUACACCGCCUUCCACCUCGUCGGCGAUAUGGUCGGUCUCCUCAACGCCCUCUCCCUCCCGCAGGUGUUUGUGGUGGGGCAAGGGUGGGGCGCCCUAUUGGCAUGGCAGAUGUGUGCGUUCCGGCCAGAACGGGUGCGCGCCCUGGUGAACAUGAGCGUGGCCUUCAUGCCGCGCAACCCCGCCAUGAGGCCGCUGGAGGCUUUCCGGCGGAUCUACGGCGACGGCUACUACCUCGUCCGUAUGCAGGAUCCCGGCACUAUGGAGGCGGAGUUUGCGCAGAUGGAAACCAAAUUCAUCAUCAAGAAGCUCCUGACAACCCUUGAUACCGGGGCGAGCUCAUUCUCUAAAGAGUGGUAUGGCACGACGGAGGAGGUCAUCCCGCUGCCUUCGUGGCUUUCCGAGGAGUACGUCGGCCACGUUGCAGCCAAGUUUGAUGAGACGGGGUUCUCGGGCGCCAUGAACUCCAGCCGCUGCCUCGACCUGAACUGGGAGCUGAUGGCGCCUUGGGCGUCCGCGAAGGUGAUUGUGCCCACAAAGUUCAUGGUGGGGGAGACAGCAAUGAGCUGCAAAUCGAAAGCGGUACAGAAGUAUGUACUCGAGGGCGACUUCAAGGGCGACGUGCCGGGUCUGGAGGAGGUUGUGGUGAUCGCCGGCGGCGCGCACUACAUACACUUGCAGAAGGCAGAGGAGGUGACGGAACACAUCUACAAUUUCUUCAAAAAGUUCUAGAGAAAGCGCAAAGGCUUUUCCUUCCUUUGCUUCUGCGUAUGGUCUUUCAAUGUUCAAUUUUGGGUUUCUUCCGUCUGGGUUUG